UGCAUGUACAGAGGGAAGGAAGUCAUUAGUGCAGGCUGAGCCGUGGAGUUUGGGGCUCUUGCUGGAUUUCCCCACCCGUUUGUAACUUUGUCCUUGUGGCAGUUUUGUGGGCAGAGUUGGGCACCCAGCCAAGGCUGCUCCUUGCACUGCAGGGUCUGUGGGGGUAUGUUCUGCUGAUACCUUUGGAAUUUACUUCGUGAAAAUUGACUGAAGCAGAAAUGCAUCCCGGAGUUGGGAAUUCUUCCAGGCUGCGUGUGAGGGAAUCAUUGGUUUGAUCUUUGUUAGCAGAGUGGCUUGGAUGGCAGCGGGUGUGUGUGUGUGUGCGCGCUAAUUUCCUGCAGGAGAGAGAAUUGCAGCUCCUACUUCACCAAGGCUCUUCCCUGAAGGAGAAUCCCUAUCCCAGGGACCCACAAGGCUGCAGGUUUCCCUGGAGAAUGACCUGUUCAGGCAGUGGAGCUGCUGCUUCUGGGACUUCCUGAUGGGCAGGGUUUUUAUGGCAUUUCCACCAGUUUUUCUUGAGCUAAAUACCAAGAGACUCGAGACUUUUCCCCCUUUUCUGGCUCUGUGAUUUCCUUCUCCAGUGAAUAUGGCAAAGAUUUAAAGGGGCAGGACGGAGGCAGCAUGACUUGCAGCUGCAGCUUCCCUGCAUCUGCCACCAGCAUCCAGCCAAUAUCUUGAUGCUCAACAUUUCUGCUUUACAAAUAUGAUGAAAUGGCAGCCCCGGAAGAAGGUACACAGCAAGCAGAGAAAAGGGAUAAAACAACAAAAGGCCUGUACACCUUACCCAAAACUUGCAAGAAAAGAAUAAAGUUUAGGCGUACUUCCGACAGGGUGUUGCCCUUCAGUACCUUGGACGCCAUGCAGACGCACUGGCAGCAUUUGCAUCUGGGCUGGCUCAGGAUCCCAAGAGUCUGCAGCUUCUUGUUGGGAUGGUGGAAGCCGCCAUGAAAUCCCCCAUGCGAGAGUCACUCGAGCCAACUUAUCAGCAACUUCAGAAGAUGAAGCUGGACAAGAGCCCCUUUGUGGUGGUAUCGGUGGUUGGCCAGGAGCUCCUGACUGCAGGCCACCAUGGUGCCUCUGUGGUUGUGUUAGAAGCUGCCCUGAAGAUAGGCACUUGCAGCCUGAAGCUAAGGGGAUCCGUGUUCUCUGCUCUGAGCAGUGCUUACUGGUCUCUUGGGAACACAGAGAAAAGCACCGGAUACAUGCAGCAGGACUUGGAUGUAGCCAAGACAUUAGGUGACCAGACGGGAGAAUGCCGAGCUCAUGGGAAUCUGGGCUCCGCAUUCUUCUCCAAAGGAAAUUACCGGGAGGCCCUUACUAACCACAGACAUCAGCUGGUGCUCGCCAUGAAACUCAAGGACAGAGAGGCAGCUUCCUCAGCUCUAAGCAGCCUGGGCCAUGUGUAUACAGCCAUUGGCGAUUACCCCAAUGCACUGGCUAGUCACAAGCAGUGUGUCCUCCUUGCGAAGCAAUCCAAAGACGAGCUCUCGGAGGCCCGCGAGCUGGGGAACAUGGGGGCAGUGUACAUUGCUAUGGGGGACUUUGAGAACGCGGUGCAGUGCCACGAGCAGCACCUGAAGAUUGCCAAGGAGCUGGGGAACAAGCGGGAGGAGGCGCGAGCCUAUAGCAACCUGGGCAGCGCCUACCACUACCGGAGGAACUUCGACAAGGCCAUGUCCUACCACAAUUCUGUGCUGGAGCUGGCCCAGGAGCUGGCUGAGAAAGCCAUUGAGAUGCGGGCCUAUGCUGGCCUGGGCCAUGCUGCCAGGUGUAUGCAAGACCUGGAGAGGGCCAAGCAGUACCAUGAGGAACAGCUGGGCAUUGCUGAGAGCCUGCAGGACCGAGCCGCUGAGGGCAGAGCCUCUUCCAAUCUAGGGAUCAUUCACCAGAUGAAAGGUGACUAUGACUCUGCUCUGAAACUCCACAAGACUCACCUGUCCAUCGCCCAGGAGCUGAAUGACUAUGGUGCUCAGGGCAGGGCCUACGGCAACAUGGGCAAUGCGUACAAUGCCCUGGGCAUGUAUGACCACGCUGUGAAAUACCACCGGCAGGAGCUGCAGAUUUCUAUGGAAGUGAACGAUCGGGCCUCGCAGGCAUCCACCCACGGGAACUUAGCAGUGGCCUAUCAGGCCUUAGGCGCCCAUGACCGGGCCCUGCAGCACUACCAAAACCACCUCAACAUCGCCCGGGAGCUGCGGGACAUACAGAGCGAGGCCCGGGCCCUCAGCAACCUGGGCAACUUCCAUUGUUCGCGAGGAGAGUACGCGCAGGCAGCCCCUUACUAUGAGCAAUACCUGCGCCUGUCCCCUGAGCUGCAGGACAUGGAGGGGGAGGGGAAAGUUUGCCACAACCUUGGCUAUGCCCAUUACUGCCUUGGAAACUAUGAGGAGGCUGUGAAGUACUACGAGCAGGAUCUCGCCUUGGCAAAGGAUCUACAUGACAAGCUGAGCCAAGCCAAGGCCUACUGCAACCUGGGCCUGGCGUUCAAGGCCUUAAUGGACUUCAGCAAAGCCGAGGAGUGCCAGAAGUACCUGCUGUCUCUGGCCCAGUCUCUGAACAAUUCCCAAGCCAAAUUCCGGGCUCUUGGGAACCUGGGGGAUAUUUUUGUAUGUAAAAAAGAUGUAAAUGGUGCAAUAAAAUCCUAUGAGCAGCAGCUGAGUUUAGCCCAUCAUGUCAAAGACCGGAGAUUGGAGGCCAGCGCCUAUGCCGCCUUGGGUUCUGCCUACAAGAUGAUACAGAAAUAUGACAAGGCCUUGGGGUACCAUACACAGCAACUGGAGGUUUACCAGGAACUAGGGGAUGUGCCGGGUGAAUGCAGAGCUCACGGCCACCUUGCUGCAGUGUACAUGUGCCUUGGGAAGUACACCAUGGCAUUCAAGUGUUACGAAGAACAGCUGGAACUUGGACAGAAGCUGAAGGACCCCAGUAUAGAGGCCCAAGUCUAUGGCAACAUGGGCAUCACCAAGAUGAACAUGAAUGUCAUGGAGGAAGCUAUUGGGUACUUUGAGCAGCAGCUGGCCAUGCUACAGCAGCUGAGCGGAAACGAAGCUGUGCUGGACAGAGGUCGGGCAUACGGAAACCUGGGGGAUUGUUACGAGGCUCUAGGAGAUUAUGAAGAAGCCAUAAAGUAUUAUGAACAGUACUUAUCUGUAGCUCAGAGUUUAAAUCGCAUGCAAGACCAGGCGAAGGCCUAUCGGGGCCUGGGAAAUGGGCACAGGGCAAUGGGAAGUUUGCAGCAGGCUCUCGUGUGCUUUGAAAAGAGGCUAGUGGUGGCCCAUGAGCUCGGGGAGGCGUUCAACAAAGCCCAAGCCUAUGGGGAGCUGGGGAGUCUGCACAGCCAAUUAGGAAAUUAUGAGCAAGCCAUCUCCUGCCUGGAACGGCAGCUCAACAUCGCCCGAGAAAUGAAGGACCGGUCUUUGGAGAGCGACGCAGCCUGUGGCCUGGGGGGAGUCUAUCAGCUAAUGGGCGAGUACGACACGGCACUGCAGUACCACCAGCUGGACCUGCAGAUUGCCGAAGAGACCAACAAUCCCACCUGCCAGGGCAGGGCCUAUGGGAAUCUGGGAUUAACGUACGAGUCGCUGGGCACCUAUGAGAGGGCAGUGGUUUAUCAGGAGCAACAUCUCAGCAUUGCAGCUCAAAUGAAUGACUUGGUGGCCAAAACCGUGUCCUACAGCAGCCUUGGGAGGACACACCAUGCCUUGCAGAACUACUCUCAGGCUGUGAUGUACUUGCAGGAAGGACUGAGACUGGCAGAACAGCUGGGGCGUAGAGAAGAUGAAGCCAAAAUCCGCCAUGGCCUGGGCCUCUCCCUCUGGGCUAGUGGGAACCUGGAGGAAGCCCAGCACCAGCUCUAUAGGGCGUCAGCACUGUUUGAAACCAUCCGCCACGAGGUGCAGCUGAGCACCGACUACAAGCUAUCGCUCUUCGACCUGCAGACAUCAUCCUACCAGGCCCUGCAGCAAGUGCUCGUCAGCCUUGGCCACCAUGACGAAGCCCUGGCUGUGGCAGAAAGGGGAAGAACGAGAGCGUUCGCUGACUUGCUGGUGGAACGUCAGACUGGACAGCAGGACUCUGACCCCUAUUCCCCCGUCACCAUUGACCAGGUUCUGGAGACUGUGAAUGGCCAGAGGGGACUUGUUCUCUACUACUCACUGGCUGCCGGCUAUCUGUACAGCUGGUUGCUUGCUCCUGGGGCAGGAAUUCUGAAGUUUCAUGAAUACUAUCUGGGUGACAGCAUGGCAGAGAAUGCCGGGGACAUCCAUGAAGCAAGCAGCGUGGGCUUCCAAACGGUUACUAAUUCAGCACUGGAGCUCUACAUCUCAAGUGUACGAGAGGCACUGGGCGUGGAUUCCUACUAUACCCGAGCCUGCGCCAGCAGUGAGACAGAGAGUGAAGCUGGGGACAUCAUGGACCAGCAGUUUGAGGAGAUGAACAAUAAGCUGAACUCAGUAACUGAUCCAACCGGCUUCCUGCGAAUGGUCAGCAGGAAUAACCUCUUCAACAGGAGCUGUCAGAGCAUGACCAGUCUGUUCAGCAGCACCAUGUGCCCUGCUAAGGAUGGAACAUCCUCUCUUCCUAGGAGGCAGAGCACCUUCUCCAAACCCCCGCUACGUGCGCUCUACGACCUGUUGAUAGGGCCCAUGGAAGGGGGUCUGAUGCAUUCCAGUGGUCCAGUCGGCCGCCAUCGCCAGCUGAUACUAGUUCUAGAGGGAGAACUGUACCUUAUCCCCUUCGCUCUCCUGAAAGGAAGUUCCUCGAAUGAGUACCUCUACGAGCGCUUCAGCCUUGUCGCAGUACCAUCUAUCCAGUCACUGAACCCCAACUCCAAGUCCCUUUUGAAGAAGAAUGCUCCUGCUUAUUCCAGUUCUACCUCAAUGGCAGCUGUCAUAGGAAAUCCCAAACUCCCUGCAGCAGUGAUGGACAGAUGGCUUUGGGGGCCUAUGCCCUCUGCAGAAGAGGAGGCCUAUAUGGUAUCUGAAUUACUUGGCUGCCAGCCUCUGGUUGGCAACGUGGCAACGAAAGAGAGGGUCAUGAGCGCACUCACUCAGGCAGAGUGUGUCCAUUUUGCAACCCAUGUUUCCUGGAAGCUGGCUGCCUUGGUCCUAACGCCCAACGCUGAUAGUAACCCAGCCAGUAGCAAGAGCUCCUUUGGGAAUCCCUACACAAUUCCAGAAUCCCUCCGGAUGCAGGAUGAUGCCAGUGAUGUGGAGAGUAUCUCAGACUGCCCUCCUCUCCAGGAGUUCCUGCUCACAGCAGCCGACGUUCUGGAUCUGCGGCUUCCUGUCAAAUUAGUGGUUCUCGGCUCCUACCAAGAGUCCAACAGCAAAGUCACUGCUGAUGGGGUCGUUGGCUUGACACGGGCAUUCCUGGCUGCUGGGGCUCAGUGUGUCCUGGUGUCACUCUGGCCUGUUCCUGUGGCCGCUUCCAAAAUGUUUGUGCACGUCUUCUAUGCCUCCCUCCUUAAUGGAAUGAAAGCCAGCGCAGCCCUCGGCGAGGCCAUGAAAACCGUGCAGAGCAGCAAGCAGUUCUCCCAUCCAUCCAACUGGGCAGGCUUCAUGCUCAUUGGGAGUGAUGUGAAGCUGAACAGCCCUUCCUCGCUAAUUGGACAGGCCCUGACAGAGAUUCUGCAGCACCCGGAGAGAGCACGAGAUGCCCUGAGAGUCUUGUUACAUCUGGUGGAGAAGUCGCUGCAGCGAAUCCAGAACGGGCAGCACAAUUCCAUGUACACUUCUCAGCAGAGUGUGGAGAAUAAAGUUGGCGGCAUUCCAGGCUGGCAGGCGUUACUCACUGCUGUGGGGUUUCGACUUGACCCUCCUGCGAGUGGUCUUCCAGCUGCAGUUUUCUUCCCAACUUCAGACCCCGGUGAACGGCUACAGCAAUGCAGCACCACCAUCCAGUCCCUCCUAGGUUUGCCUAACCCGGCACUUCAGGCACUUUGCAAACUUAUUACUGCUUCAGAGACUGGAGAACAGCUUAUCAACCGGGCUGUUAAAAAUAUGGUGGGAAUGCUACAUCAGGUCUUGGUUCAACUCCAAGCAGGAGAGAAGGAGCAGGAUUUCUCCUCUGCACCGAUCCAGGUCUCCAUCAGUGUCCAGCUCUGGAGGCUUCCUGGCUGCCACGAGUUUCUGGCAGCCUUAGGUUUUGACCUUUGUGAAGUUGGGCAGGAGGAGGUGAUACUGAAAACUGGGAAACAAGCUAAUAGGAGGACCAUGCACUUUGCUCUCCAGUCCCUGCUGGCACUUUUUGAUUCUACAGAGUUACCCAAACGUCUUAGCCUGGACAGUUCCUCAUCACUGGAAUCACUGGCUUCUGCUCAGUCCAUUUCCAACCCAAUGCCUUUGGGAUAUCAGAACCCUCCCUUCUCUCCUACUUGUCCAGACAGUAUUGCAUCAGACGCCAUUUCUGUGUACAGCCUGAGCUCUAUCGCUUCUUCAAUGAGUUUUGUUUCCAAGCCAGAGAGCACAUCAGAAGGUGCAGGGCACAGGGGGCGACAGGACUAUGAAAGGCCUAAGAAUGUCUAUCCGCAAAGGUCCUCUGUGCCACGGAGCCAACUGUCUCCACAGACCAAUGCUGCAGCCAGCAAAGACAAUGAGGAGUAUGAAGGAUUUUCUAUCAUUAGCAAUGAGCCUAUGGCAACUUAUCAAGAAAAUAUAAAAACAAGAUUUUCCCCUGAUCACAAACAAUCCAAAACUGGUCAAUCUGGAGGGAUUAAAGUUUCUGUCAGUUCCAAAGGGAGCAUAAGUACCCCAAAUUCCCCUGUUAAAAUGACUCUUAUUCCCAGUCCGAACUCACCUUUCCAAAAAGUUGGAAAACUUGCAAGUUCUGAUACUGGAGAAUCUGACCAAUCUAGCACUGAAACUGACAGCACUGUCAAAUCCCAAGAGGAGAACAACCCAAAGCUCGAUCCACAAGAGUUGGCCCAGAAAAUUCUGGAGGAGACUCAAAGUCACCUUAUUGCUGUUGAACGUCUUCAAAGAAGCGGCAGUCAGAUGAGCAAGAAGAAGAACUCGGAAGAUGGAGCAGCAGCUGGUGCUUCUGUAUUCAGAGCCUCAGAGACCAGCGCGUUCAGUAGGCCACUGAGCUCUAGUCAGAGGAGUCAUCCUUCACCAGUUACAAUUAAACCAAAGCCUCCAACAAGGAGCUCAUCCCUUCAGAAAGUGAGUUCCGGAUAUAACAGCCCCACAACGUCGGAGAUGUCCAACAAAGACGGCACAGGCCCAUACAGUGGGCAGCCUUCUCCGAAUUCUGACUCUCAUGGCUCGUUAACUGAACACCCUCACUUUAAACUCAAGUACCCUAGCUCUCCUUACAGCGCUCAUAUUUCUAAAUCUCCCAGAAAUAUCUCCCCAAGCUCAGGGCAUCAGUCUCCUGUGGGCAGCACCCCCUCUCCUGCUCUCUCUUACUCCUCAGCUGGUUCUGCUCGCUCCAGCCCAGCUGAUGCCCCAGAUAUAGACAAAUUAAAAAUGGCUGCCAUCGAUGAAAAGGUGCAGGCCAUCCACAACCUGAAAAUGUUUUGGCAGAGCACUCCCCAACAUUCCACAGGCCCUAUGAAGAUUUUCCGAGGAGCUCCUGGAACAAUGACUGCUAAGAGAGAUGUUCUCAGCUUGCUAAACUUAUCUCCACGGCACAGCAAAGAUGAAAGUGCAGACAAGCUGGAACUUAAGGAGUUGUCUAUUCAGCAACACCUUGCUUCUCCACAAAAGAACCCUCCAAAUGGACACAGGCGCCCUGAAACUACCAAUGCAGUGACUUCAUCCCAUUCUCCACCUUCCAAUAGCAUUCCGGGAACAGUACGCCCCUUGAGGCUGCCAUCUGGGAAUGGUUAUAAAUUUUUGUCACCAGGGAGAUUUUUCCCUUCCUCCAAAUGUUGAAAUGUCUUUUAUACCAGUUGAUUCAACUUGCAAUCACAUAAAGGUUCUCAGUAUUUGCUUCUA